AUGCGCCUGUUUAGUGCGGCUGCGCAGGACCAUUUACAAACCAAUUCCACACAAGUCGAAAUGGAGUUCUGUCAGGUAGACCUCGACGAAUUCUGCUAUAAACAAUUUGAUAAGACGAAGAAGUCAUGUGCAUUUAUCCCUUACGAUAAGAAGGAGUUUCUCGACAAAGUGAAUGAACUGAUACGAAAAAAGAAGAUUAAAGUUGUACCAGGGUAUGCUGGUUUCUGUAAGCAUAUCUUUGUUGAAAACUUCACCGAGGCGACCGUGGAGACAAUAGAAAUUAAUAGCAAGAAUAGAGAUCUGAUAAAAACAGAUUAUAUUUCUAGAAGGGACAAUGAACUGCCUGUAUUGAUAAGAUGGAUCUCAAAGAAGGACGUGAAGGACAUCAUCAAGGCAAAGUACCUCGACCUCAUUCUAUAUUCACGGGAACAGAUCGAAAAGGAGAAUAAAGAAACGAAGACAGUGCCUAAUAGGAAAUCCAAUUGUCUCUACUCCAUCAUCUGCAUUAAGCCGCAGAAUGUGGACUACGAAUUACCCAUGACUCCCAUCACGAUGUUGCGCAAUACGCUCAUCAGCGAGGGUGGCAGCGGCAUCAGCUUGAACAGAGACAAGUACCUCGAAUCGGUCAAGUACUGGCGCCACCACGUCUCCAUCGUCGACAAUUAG